AUGUCGGGAGAGAGCAUAGCUUCACAGGAUGGUAACACACGGCUCAGUCCAGUGGCCAAGAGGGUCAGGCUCGACAACGGCGAGGCAGGCAGUUCCGUAUCUUGCGGAGUUGUGGAAUCGCGAAUGACCGAAACUCGUGCAGGUAUCACCGCCUAUAUCCAUCCGGACGUGCCCGGAUUCCAAGGCAUCAUCAAGCAGCGCUUUACCGACUUUAUGGUCAACGAGAUCGACCUGUUGGGUAAUGUCUGUCGGCUUACCUCUCUCGACCCACCUGCUGGAAAGCUGCUCGCACAAUCGCGGCCCCUAGCUGCAUCAAGCGACCAACUACAAGCGGCAGCAGAAACGGCAGAAAAAGAGCAGGCUCAAACUCAAUUAGACGAAUCUGCUUGGCCAGUGGUAGCGGAAGAAGAAGAGAAGCUCAAAGAAUUUUUUUCAGUAGAAUCAAUCGAGAGCUUGAAGGAAAUGUGGGCAAAGGGAAAGCAAGGUACGAAUAUGGCUACUGGAGCGAACGCUACCGUCGUUUCUGCAGCGAGCAUCGUCACAAAGCCGCUCGAGGAUAAAGUACAAAGGACGCAGGUUCACAAGCUCAUUCGAGAGCUGUUCCACGGAAAGCUAGCAACGGAUUCUUGUCAAGUAAGACCACGCGGAGCGAGAGCAGUAGAGGAGGACCGGGUCGCACAAGCGAAUGCCGCCAGUAAUAGCACCAUCAGUGCUGCUUCGACUCUGAUCGCGGUCCGAUGGGCUAAUAGAUCUGACAGAAGGUCUGGCGAUGGCCUGUCAGAAGAGGCGGCGAGCUCGCCCCCAUACAUCCACUUUCUGCUACACAAGACGAAUCGCGACCACCAAGAGGCGAUGGGAAUGCUGGCCGAAAGUUUGAGGCUUGGCGGCGGUGGUGCGGGGCGUGGUCGCGGGAGAGGUAGGGGCGGAUUUGCGGGGAGAGGAGGAGGCAGACCGCCAACAAAGGAUCUCGCAGUGGCAGGCACAAAAGACAAGCGUGCAGUGACAGUCCAGAGGGUUUCUCUGAGACGCAAUCGCAAAACGCUCGAAGACGUCUAUCGUCUGGUCAAUGGGAUCAAUGCCGACGUGUCCGCAUCGAAAGUCAAGGGCAAAGGAAAAGGACGAACGGUUCUCGACGCAGUCACCUCACGCGCGGAUCGCGGCAUCCGCAUCGGACACCUUGAGUACGCUCAUGAACCACUCAAGUUGGGCCAGCUUAAGGGCAACGAGUUCACCAUCACCUUACGCAACGUUCGGCCAUCCUCCAGCUCGGCAUCCGUAGACAAAGCCUUCCUCGCCUCGGUCCGCAGGUCUAUGGACGUGAUCCGCGAUCGCGGUUUCAUCAACUACUUUGGCAUGCAGCGCUUUGGCACUGGCGCCAUCCCCACCCACCAUAUCGGCAUCCUGGUUCUGCGCAACGACUUCAAAACGGCAAUUGAUCUGCUCUUCGAGCCGCGUCCACCAUCCAGCCCAGACGCGGACGACGGCGACUCGCUCGACCUGCUCAAAGCCAAACAACUGUACAAAGAAGGCGAGCUGGAUAAGGCCUACAGUGUCAUUCCAAAGAACUGUGUUGCGGAAAAGCACAUUCUGGACAAGAUGCGCAGCUCAAGAUGGAACAAAGGCGAUUGGAUGGGGGCAUUCGGCAACAUACCACGGACGCUGAGGCUGAUGUACGUGCAUGCGUAUCAGUCGUAUGUGUGGAACCGGCUGGUCUCGGAGAGAGUUGCUAAAUUUGGAAGUUUGCAGGCCGUGGAGGGAGAUCUGGUGUUCGCGGACAAGCGCGACGAGGACGGGUGGCAAGAAGUGGGUGGAGAAGACGAAGAGCGUCCCAACGGCACGGAUGGGGAAGCUGAGGAUGACGACGAUCUGCGCAACGGUGGCGGUAAAAUCAAUCCUCUCGCCACAUGGCAGCGUCCGAUCAAAGUGCUCACUACUUGCGACGUACAAUCAGAUCAGUGGUCGAUCUACGACGUGAUCCUACCCCUCCCCGGAUCAUCUAUCGACCUUCCAGUUGGAUGGAUGUCGGAUCUCUACACCUCGAUCCUCACCAAUGACUCGCUCACCCACACCCAACUCACAUGCUCGAAAUUCCCCGACUACCAACUCAACGGCUCCUACCGUCCAAUGCUCGUGAAACCGCGCAACCUGACCUACAGCAUCACAUCCUACACCGACCCCGACAUUCCUCUCACCCACACAGACGAAGAACUCUGCCUAGACGCUUCCCUCUCCAACUCCAUCCAGGACGACCAAGACGACAACUCAUCCUCGUCAAAGUUCACAGCUCUCACUCUCAGAUUCCAACUCCCCUCAUCGUCGUACGCAACCAUGCUCAUGCGGGAAGCGCUCAAAUCAGACACUUCCAGCUUCAAACACCGUCAGAUGACGCAAAAGAGCGAAGACCAACACUUCAAAGGCUCGACAACCCACGCUUGA